GUGCGUGACUCGUGAGACUCUCGUCGUGCCCGCUGGAUUGCAUCCUCGGCAGUCCCGUGAAAACCAUCCCCGUCGAGCCACCGAGCAAUUUCGACUAAACAAAAAUCCACAAACAUUCCAAAACCACCCUCAUCUGCAGCCACGACUCGGGGGCUCUGAAACCAACGACUGCAGCUUCUGAGCUUUCGACAAAACUCAAAUACAUCUCAGGCUCAGAAGGCUCGCAGGCAGAGACAUGGACAAUGUGCAAAUGAUCGGCACUAAAAUCACCGCGAUCAAGGAAUACUUAUAUAACUUUGCACGAACGCACUCACCGACCAGACUCAUGAGUUCCGAAAACACUUACUCCCUCAGCAGGGAGCACACCAACCUCAAAUACACCGAUAUUUUGCCUCUGAAUGCCGAGGGCUAUCCAGCCUCGAAGGAGUUCCUGAUGAAGGUGGUCGACAUUCUGUUGGAUUUUAUCAAAUCCACGAAUGAUCGAAACGCCAAAAUCCUCGAUUUUCAUCAUCCAGCUGACAUGAUGCAGCUCCUCGAUCUCGAAAUUCCUGAAACUGGUGUCACGCUCCAACAACUAUUGCUCGAUUGUUCAACGACCUUGAAGUACCAAGUGAAAACAGGUCACCCUCGUUUCUUCAACCAACUUUCCUGCGGCCUCGACCUCGUAUCCAUGGCCGGUGAGUGGCUAACCGCCACAGCGAACACGAACAUGUUCACGUACGAAAUAGCGCCAGUGUUUAUACUGAUGGAGCACGUGGUUUUGGAAAAAAUGCGAGAAUUGAUCGGCUGGACAAGCGGAGACUCGAUUUUGGCUCCCGGAGGAUCGAUCAGUAAUUUGUACGCGUUUUUGGCCGCCCGACACAAAAUGUUUCCCCAGUACAAGGAACGAGGCCUGGCCGCCGUCGGCGGCCAAUUGGUCAUGUUCACCUCCGACCAGUGCCAUUACUCGGUCAAAUCUUGCGCCUCCGUUUGCGGCCUCGGUACAGACAACUGCGUCAUGGUACCCAGCGACGAAUUCGGACGCAUGAUCCCCUCGAAACUGGAAGAACUUAUAAUCGAACGGAAAUCCCGAGGGCACAUUCCGUUCUUCGUCAACGCGACUGCCGGCACGACCGUCAUCGGAGCCUUCGAUCCCAUCGCACAAAUCGCUGACAUCUGCGAAAAGUACAAACUCUGGCUUCACAUCGAUGCUGCAUGGGGAGGUGGCCUUUUGCUCUCACGAAAGUACAGACAUCCCAGGCUCACCGGUGUUGAAAGGGCUGACUCAGUGACUUGGAAUCCCCACAAAUUGAUGGGCGCCCUUCUGCAGUGCUCGACGAUUCACUUCAAGGAAGACGGCCUGCUCAUCAGCUGCAACCAAAUGUCCGCCGAGUAUUUGUUCAUGACCGACAAGCUGUACGACGUCAAAUACGACACUGGCGACAAGGUCAUCCAGUGUGGGCGUCACAACGACAUAUUCAAGCUGUGGCUGCAGUGGCGAGCCAAGGGAACCGACGGCUUCGAAAAACUGAUGGACAGGCUGAUGGAGCUCUCCGAAUACAUGGUCAAGAGGAUCAAACAAAUGCCUGACAAAUUCUACCUCAUCCUCGAACCGGAAAUGGUCAACGUUUGCUUCUGGUACUUGCCAACCCGUGUGAGGAACAUGCCGCAUGGACCACAGAGGGAAAAAAUCCUUGGCGAGAUUUGUCCGAUUCUGAAAGGCCGAAUGAUGGAAUCGGGUACGCUGAUGGUCGGCUACCAGCCGGACGAUCGAAGGCCCAAUUUCUUCAGGAACAUAAUUUCGAGUGCGGCGGUCACAGAGGCGGACGUCGAUUUCCUGCUCGCAGAGCUGGACCGGCUCGGCCACGAUCUGUAAAUCUCCAAACGCUCAUUCUUUGACCUCCCAAUAUAAUUUCCCCAGCCAUCAUCGACGACACAGAAAAAAAGUCACUUCGAAAAUACGAAAAUUCUCAAAAAACAGGGAUUUUCGAAAAACUUAUAUUAUGCUUCAAUGUGUACAAAAAACGGACUAAAAAAAGGCCAAUUCACAACCAUGAAUAUUUAAUUAAGACAUAUGGACUCUCGGAAAGAGGCAAAGAGAGAAAAAGGCGACGAGGCUUCUUCCUACCACCUUAAUUCUCAUUGACAUUGACUAAAGUUAUAAUAAUUGUUGCCAAGAAUAUUCAAUCGUUAACAUGAUUAUCGAAUCGUUACGAAGAAACUUUGUUAAAUUUUCAUAAAAAUGCCAAAUUAUUUUUUUUUUCCAAUUUUAUUUAAUUUUUUUCAAUUUUUUUUUUCAUGGCCAAUUGACCAUCGAUUCUCCAGUUUUCGUUUCCAGUCAAAUUGGUGAUUGAAAAAAAUGUUUUAUUCACUUUUGUUCAGUUUAAAAAAACUUUUUUUUGAAAGUUGAUUUUUUGAAAAUUUGUUCUCUUGCUCGAUACACACUCGUUGCCAAUUGCCGCUGGUCAGGACUGUAGGAAUUAAGGAUUAUGAUUCUAAGUGUUGAAAAAUGUUGAGAAAAGAAUAAGCAGGAGAGGUUUGGAGCUUGAAGAAAAUAUAUAUAAAAACGACGUCAAAUUAUAGCGAGGAAAUAGAACUUUAUCGUGAGUACCGUUAUAGGAGAUUAGGUACUGCGAGGACUAUCGAAACUCCAUUUAUCCGGAUAGUCAGCGUAGACAGUGGAGGAGGAAAAAGUAUUGUUAGAUUAUUAAGGGAGGACUUGGCGUUUCGUGUUUGUCGUUCUACCUUACGAACGACCCAAUGGGCUUAACGUGUUGGCGUCCUGGCAGGAUAUUGCUGCUGGUUCUGGUUCACAGCACACAAAAAUACAACGACGAAUUUUCAUUUUUUUUUUUCAAUUUUAUUUUUAUUUUAAAAUUUAAUAAUUUUUAAUAAUUUUAAUAAUUUAAAAAUAAUUUUAAAACGAAAUUUUUAGCUGUGUUGAAAUUAUUUUACUUUACAAAAAUUCAAAUUUUUUUGAAAACCGAUUUUUUCAAUUUUUUUGUAAUAAAAUUCAAUUAUUUUCAAACGAUGCUCAAGAACCCAAUUAAUUGCAAAUCGAAUUGUUAAUUGCUUUAAUUUUCGUGUUUUUUAAAUAUUUUCAUCGUUCAAAUACUUUGUUCAAUCCAUUUGUUAAUUUUCAUAAACCUUAAGGGACUGAAUUUUACCUUCAACAACAAUUCGAGCCAAGAGAUUAAUAUUUGGACCAGAGUCAGCGGUUUUGCUUGAAAGUGAAAAUAUUAAGACGAAGAGAUGAAAAUAAAUAAGCUAUCACAAAGUAUAUAAAAACAAAAAACUAUAUAAAAGACGAAAGGGAGGGAGAGAACCUCGUUUGGAAAAAUAUAUAAUUAAGCACGCGAGUGCCACAUAUACGAAAUUUCAUUUAUCGUUGCAUAGUUUAAUCGCGAGCAGAGAUUAUAUGAAAAGACAAACUAAAAACCGACUUAAAAUGUAACUCGAUAUAUGAAGGAUAAAUAUACGAAAAAAAAAUCAGGAAAAAACCAAAAUACGUAUGUAUAUGCAAAUAAAUUUAAAAAAAAAUCAUAUUUAUGUGCAUGUAUAUAUUUGUUUAUAGCAUUGAGAGUUUAAAAUACAAACAAAAACCCAUGAAA